CACCGCUAGUUACUACUUCAUGACUACUCCGAGCUCAGUGUGUACUGCAAUGCAACGGAAAAUAUGCGUGUUUACCAAAGUCGUUUCGGUAGAACGGUGUCGUGUGUUGCGUCACGUUUAAGGAAAUUGAUAGUGCGCCGAGGUCGACGUGACUAGCAUUAUCGUGUACUAUAUAUUGCUAUUUGUGAUAAAUUUCAUUUAUAAGCUUAUUUUUUCAAUUUAAAGUGAGUUAAACAAGAUGAAAGUUAGAUUUCCCGUGUUCAAUACUCCCCUUGGAUGCCCGACCGAUGUCCGACGCCACGACAUAGCGCGCGUCCUACAUAACCUUGUUAUCGCAAUAUACAGUCGACAAGAUGGCGGCGAGUGGGGAGAGGGCGCCCAGUUGGCCAGGUGCUGCCGCCGCGUCGAGUUCGGCGCUAUAGCUAACUAAAUAGGUACGCAGAGUGUUGUACAUUUAGAACGUUCACAAUGGCUACCGCGAAAGACACGUCUACUUUCUUUCUGGAGGCAGAUUCAAAACAAUUUGACUGUGUUUUAAAGUUAUAUCCACAAGCGAUCAAACUAAAAGCUGAACAGAAAACAAAGAAACCAGAGGAGCUCAUAAAAUUGGACAAUUGGUAUCAAAAUGAAUUACCAAAGAAAAUCAAAUCAAGAGGGAAAGAUGCUCACAUGAUACAUGAAGAAUUGGUGCAACUUAUGAAAUGGAAACAAGCAAGGGGAAGGUUUUAUCCACAACUGUCAUACCUAAUCAAAGUGAACACACCAAGAGCAGUAAUGGCGGAAACAAAGAAAGCAUUCAAGAAGUUACCUAACAUUGAAUCAGCAAUGACAGCCCUUAGCAACCUGAAGGGUGUAGGAACCGCCACCGCGUCAGCACUACUCGCAGCUGCCAGCCCUGAAAUAGCUCCCUUUAUGGCAGACGAAUGCAUACAGGCUAUACCGGAGAUGGAAGGGAGUGAUUACACUGCCAAGGAAUACCUCAACUUUGUUAAACAUAUUAGAAAUGUCUGUGAUAGAUUAAAUAAGGAACAGAAUGGUUGUGGCAAGAAAUGGUCCCCUCACAUGGUGGAACUGGCACUAUGGACACACAACAUCGUGUCGGACCUACAGCCGCAGCUGCUGGGCAAGGAGCCGCUGGCCGUGCUGCCCGCGCCCGCCAACGGCGGCUCGCCCCUGCCCAGCGACGAAAGCAACCUCGACCCACCCGCCACUAACGGAAAUGGCAAAAUAGAGUCCGCGAACGAGGACACGACAACGUCGUGCACGGAGGACUCUCUGGACGCCAAGGCCGCGUCCCCCGGCACGCCCAACACCCCCGCCUCGCCCUCCGACAACUCAGACUCCGCCGUCAGCACGCCGCGCGCCAAACGGCAAAUAGAAGAAGCGAGCUCAGCGGAGGAGAGCUCGCUGGGCGAGGCGCCGGCCGCGCACGCGCCGCCGCUCGCCAAGAAGCUGCGGGAGGCCACGCACUGACACGUGCGGAUAUAAAUAGCUUUCUAGACUAAAACGUAUUGUACCUAGGUAAUUUAUUUUUCAAUUCCGUUUAAUUAUAAAAAUAGAGUUAAGUUGUAAGAGUACCGGUUUUUGUAAGUUUUAUAGGGUAUAUCGUAUGUGUUUGGACGGACUCGGCGAAUGUUUUUGGUGUACAAUGUGUACAGCGGUCGAAGGGCCGACGGAAUGAAUUUUAAUUAGCUGAUGUUCAAUGACAGAUUGAAAUUCAAUUUUUAUACGCAUAUAUAAUUUUUUAAAUGAUGUAAUGAUAUUUCGGAGAAUGAAUUUUAUAGAAUUAAUCAAGCUAUGUUGACUAAAGACAGGUUAUGCAGGAACCGUUUAAGACUUGGUCGAAACUAUUGAAAAAUGUAUAUUUCCAUUUUGCUUUACUUAAGUCUGAAAUUAAUUUGAAUUGAACUGUUUUAUUGUAAAGUACGCUUGAAUAUCAUUAAAAUAAAAAUCUUUUAUUAAUA